AUGACGUCAAAAUGGAAAAAGAGCCCAAGGAGUUGGAAUGUACGACUGGUUGCCAUGGUAAUGCCAGUGUGCGUAAUAGUAUUUAUUUUUAUGGUGUGCUAUUCUAAUGUUUCAGGACAUUUCCCGGUUUAUAAAGUAUUGGAGCCAAAGCUACAACAAACGUAUUCCACCAAUCACGAUGCUUACACAGAACACGGGUCACGUGACACACACUACGUAACAGCUCCAAAGGACACUGUAACGGACGCAACGGAUGACGUAACAAACCAAGAAUAUACGGAAGGAAAGGGGACAUUGCAUUCAAAUUUGACUGUAAACCAAGUUUUGCAAUCAUCAGUUGAUACAAGAUCUAAUUUAAAUGUUGUGACAUCGGAACAGAUUUCCACGCAGUCAGACCAAUUUACAAAUAAAGCAGAUGAACAAAACGUGAUAACGCCAAGCUACACGUCCAUUACAGAUAUACCGACCCAAGACAGUCCCACAAAUUAUACAUUUCCCGCAACAACUGUAUCUGUUGACAAAUCGCCACAUCAAAUAACAAAUACCACUUAUUUACUAAUGGUUGCGUUUAUUAAUCCUAACUCGGGCCCUCAGAACCAUUACCGCCGCCUCAGACUGGGUCUUGCUGUAGCCAUGUCUCAGAACCGGAGUUAUGUCACUUAUCCAUUCCGUAACCAUAUCACAGACACGGAUCGGGGUCGACUUCGUACAUUUAAUGAGACCUGGGACAUCAACAAAUUAAACCAACUCAUUCCUGUAAUUGAGCACAGUACGUUGUAUUCGAAAUGUAAAGAAGACAUUGCAAUAUUCAACGACCACCCGUCUCAGAAUAUAAUCACCGGCAUGCAGAGGGACAUUGGUGUUGCUUUCAGCAGAGACGACGUCGUAGAUAAACAUUGCACGCCUCGCAAUGUAUGCGUAGAGGACAUGAUCAACUCUCGCUGUCUAAUUAUCGGGGACACGGUAGAUUUUGUUGAUUGGACCAGCAGUCAGAAUUUGUCUCAAUGGUUGACACUAAUAGAUAAGUAUCUGAUGAAGGCGCCAUAUAUUGUUAACAUCGCAGGUGAUGCAGUGGCUGCCAUUUGCAACCAGGAUCCGUUUUUAGUUUUUCAUUGGCGCAACCAUACAGGAGAAAGAUGCAAAUUCUGGAAUCUGCGCGGAUCGAUCUGCGAUCCAUAUUUUCUGAGUCUUGUUGAUUACGCCGACCGAAUUGCUCACAAUCUUUUAGCGGUGAUGUCAGAAAGAAACGCCAAAUGUCUAUAUAUAGCGUAUCCACCAUUUUCAGAGGAAAUUGCGAACAUCCUCCGCCCAUAUAUACAGACUUUAGUGACAAGAGAUGAUCUGUUCGUUCGUGUGCCAACAUUGUCCCCAUACCACGAUGAUAACUAUGUAAUAUCACUGAUUGAGCAGGAAAUCGCAGUUCGCGCCGAUUGUUUCCUAGGCAAUAGAGGUAGUGGAUGGUCAAUCAUGACAAGUUAUGCAAGGAGAGCGAUUGGUAAAGACACGAUGUGGUUACAUUCAGCGGUCGACAUGCCGAAGCCUGUACAUUCAGUGAACAAGAGAUGA